AUGUUUUGUCACUUGGUGCUUUCAGUGGGGUCUGUGUCUUGCGUGUCACUGUAUUACAGAACUUUGCAUUCUUGCAGCAUUGCAGAAAUACAGAAAGAUGUGGAAUAUCGACUGCCAUUCACUGUAAACAACUUGACAAUUAAUAUUAACAUCUUGCUUCCACCUCAGUUUCCUCAGGAAAAACCAGUCAUCAGUGUUUUCCCACCUGUGAGACAUCAUUUAAUGGACAAGCAGGGAGUAUAUGUGACUGGUCCAUUAAUAAGUAAUUUUACAAUGCACUCAGAUCUUGGAAAAAUUAUUCAGAGUUUACUGGAUGAAUUUUGGAAGAAUCCUCCAGUUCUGGCUCCUAGCUCAACAUCAUUUCCAUACCUUUUCAACAAACCAUCUGGAAUGCCUCCUUAUGCUCCUCAGGGGUUUCCAUUUCUUCCUCCAUACCCACCUCAAGAAACAAACAGAACAAUAGUAGCCGUGCCCGUUGGUGAAUCAGUUUCUUCAAGCUACACUGCAGACAAGCCUGCUGCUCCCUCUUACGGCUUGAUUGCUGAUCUGCCACUACCUGUUCCAAGAGCAGAAGCAGUGCUUCAGAUUGGCCAGAAUGGAUUUACUUACAAGAUGCCCGAUGUUCCUGAUACCUUUCCAGAACUCUCAGAACUAAGUAUAUCGCAGCUGACUAAUAUGAACGAGCAAGAGGAAGUGUUACUGGAACAGUUUGUGACUCUACCACAACUGAAGCAAGUCAUUACUGAUAGAGAUGAGUUGGUGAAAAGCAUUGAAGAGCUGGCAAAAAAAAACUUGUUGCUGGAGCCGAGUCUCGAGGCAAAAAGACAGAUGGUGUUGGAUAAAUAUGAGCAACUCACACAGAUGAAAGCAGCCUUUGAAAAAAAAAUGCAAAGACAGCAUGAGCUUAGUGAGAGUUGCAGUCCAAGUGCUCUGCAGGCCAGACUUAAAGUAGCUGCUCAUGAAGCUGAAGAGGAAUCUGACACUAUUGCAGAAGACUUCUUGGAAGGCAAAACAGAAAUAGAUGACUUCCUUAGUAGUUUCAUGGAAAAGAGAACGCUCUGCCACUGUACACGAGCCAAAGAGGAAAAACUUCAACAGGCAAUAGCAAUGCACAGCCAAUUUCAUGCUCCGCUAUAGACUUCCUGCAAGCUACACCUGCCAAGAGAAUGAGUGAAAAAUCCAAUAAAGCACACUUUUUAAUAACUAUUAUUUGCAAAUAAGCAUUUCAUCUUGUAUGGUUGUAUUUAUAGAAGAGAUUGUAUACAGAGUUGGGAUGGGUUUUGUACAAAUUAGAAUGUCUCUUUAUAUUCUCAUUGUACUCAAGAAUCCUUCUAUUGCAAUCUUUGCACUAAUUUCUUGUAUUUAUUGUUGAUAGUUCUUACUAUAUUUAAGUUCCUGCUGCUAUACUUCAUUCUUCAGAGAUUAAAUAUCUAAACAUGUAA